AUGGCUUCCUCUUCACGCGACCGCGACCCCUACGUCUUCAUCAACCAAGACCUCCUGCCCCCCGUGCCACGCGACGCCCUCACUGCGAUCCUCCGACGCUGGGACGACUCGUCCGACCCCACCAACGACUACCUCAACUACUUCACGCCUCACGCCGUCCUGGUUUUCGGCGGCGAGCACUGCGGGCGCGACGCCAUCCGCGCGGCGCGGGACUCGAUGAUGCACCCGCAAAAGGGCCCCGUGACCAAGUGUCAGCAUUUCUUUGAGACGGCGUUCGUCACGGGUGGGGGCAUGGGCAUGGAUGGGAAAUGGGAGAUUAUUGGUGUGGCGGAUGUGAGGUACGAUCUCGUGGGGGGAGGGGAGGUGUGGACCAGGGCGGCGAGCUGGUGUAGGGUCGCGAAAGAGGAUGAUGGGAGGUGGUUGGCGGAGAGGUAUGAGGUGUUUAUGGAUGGGAGUAAGCUGUUUGAAGCGCUGGCUAGGCUGGGCAAGUGA